AUGGACAAUCCGAUUCAAAUCCUGACCAUCCUGCACCUGGGCAAUGUUAACUUGCUCAUCUAUCCGGUUGAGAUAGUUGCCGCGCUAGCGGACCGCACAUCUGCGCUCAAGUGGUCUUACAAGAUACUGGAGCCGGACGAGUUUGACAAGGACACAAUCACCUUGGCCAAUGAUACCUUUUGUUUGUUUGUGGAUGCUGUGCACAGGUUGUCUCAAGAUGCAACAGUCUUGUUGGUCCUCACCAUGGCAAAGGAAAAUCUUGCCAUUGUGACGGUGAUAGAUUCACCCCGCGAGACUGCCAGCAGCGCCGUGGUCUCCUUAAAAUUUGACAAGUAG